UUUGCCACUUCACUUUGUGAGAGUGAAGUAAAGGAGGCGACCAGGCCCGAUCGAGCUAUAAUUGCCACCACGUGAGUGCGCGACUAGCGGGCGUCCUGCGACGCGCCUCCCUUGCUCGACUUUUGGACCCCCGCUGACCUUUAUCUCAACUCUCCACACGAAGUACCAUUCGUACACUCUACACUCUUUUGUACUUGCCAUCGCUGCAACAGACAGACUAAAUAUAGGCAAAAUGGCUGGACGGCGACCGAGAGGAAGUGGUAUUCGUGGACCGCAUUCUGCGCUGACGGAUUUUUUGGCGGCCAACAAUAUCUCCGCUCAGGAGAUUCGUGAUUCGUACCUUCAGCGCGUACAGCGAGCUGAGGCAGAUGCUGCGCCUGCAGACAACGGCGAAGGUCCUUCAAAUACCGCCGGCAAUGACGACAACGAGGAUGAUGAAGAUGCGCCAGCCGAGUCGUCUACAAUGGCGGCGGAACGCUCUCGAAAGCGCAAGCGCAACCAGGACGAAGCUAUUGCGAAGAUAAAGAAGGGCAAGGAAGCGAAGAAGAAGGCUUCGGCGAAAAAGAAGAAGAAGGGCUCCGACGAUGAUUCGGACUUUGGUGACGUGCUGGAUAUGUACAGCAAGGCGAAGAAGUUGCCUGGCCAGCUGGAGAAUUGCGAGGUCUGCGACAAGCGAUUCACGGUCACGCCGUACAGCAAGGCUGGUCCUGACGGUGGGCUGUUAUGUACACCUUGCGGCAAGGAGAUGCUGAAGGAUGCUAAGGCGCAAGACAAGACGAAGAAACCUGCUGUUCGCAAGGGUCGCAGGAAGAUUGAGAGUAAUCGCCUGGACGGAUUGAACCCGCGUGGGACAAAGACUCUACAACAGCUGUGUAUUGAGAAGCUGGCGAAGCAUUCGGAGGAUAUUGACGAGCUGGGCGAGAUGCCCGAGAGCAUCAUGAACCGGAUCAGUGAGAUCUUCUCGAAGAAGAGGGCCAUGAACUCGACUACCAUGAAGCUGUUUCUCCAGCCAGAUAUGGAGCGAGUGGCUGUACAUGAGGCGGCUUAUCUCGAGACAGAAGACUACAACCAAAUCUUUGCCAUCUGCCCCAACAUCAAAACCCUCUCUCUGCGCAACUGCUGCCAGUUCAAAGACGAAAACAUCGACUACAUGAUCGAAAAGGCAAAAUCCAUAGUAGACAUCCAGCUCCUAGGUGCCAAUCUCGUGGCAAACGAGAAAUGGAUCGAGCUCUUCAUCGCGCGCGGCCCAGCCCUCAAAGCCCUGCGCGUAGAAUGGCUAGACGCCGCCUUUGACGACCAAGCCGUCGAAGCACUCACAACCUUCUGCCCGAACCUCGAGCGCCUAAAGAUGGAGCGCUGCAAACGCCUCGGCCCGGAUUCCAUCGACGCCAUCGCCCGCCUGACAAACCUGCGCCACCUCACACUACGCUUCUACACCGAGAUCCCAUCCGCCAAACUGAUCCACAUGAUCGCCUCCGUGGGCCCCAAGCUCCGCACACUGUGUCUAGAGCACUUCCUCGACACCGCAUCGGAGCCUACAGAUGAAGUCCUCGAUGUCAUUCACGACACGUGCCUCUCGCUCAGCAAGUUCCGCUUCACGGAGAACCACGAGUGCACGGAUGCCGGCUUCGUUAAUCUGUUUACAAACUGGCACUGCCCCCCCUUGCGCUACAUAGACGUGAAUUCUACCCGCGACAUGGACAACACCGCCCCCGAAGGGCCCCUCGAUUCCCCCAUCGGCCUCGCCUCCGCCGGCUUCAAGGCCCUAAUGGCGCAUUCAGGCGCGCACCUCGAGUUCCUCGACAUUUCGUCGUGUCGGCACAUCGCUCACGAAGCUUUCACGAGCGUCUUCGACGGCGUGAAUGUGUUCCCGCGCCUCGAGGAGAUCAAUCUGUCGUUUAAUCCUGUGGUUGAUACGCAGGUUGUGGCUGGUGUGUUUCGGAGUUGUCCUGCUAUUCGCAAGGUGGUUACGUUUGGGUGCUUUGGGGUUGAGGAUGUGGUUGUGCCGGGGGGGAUAGUGCUGAUUGGGGCGCCGAAGGCGCAGGAUGUUAUUGAGCAGUUUGGGGAUGUGGGGGUGGAUAUCCAGAGGGGGGGAGGGGGAGGGGGGAGGGUGGUGCCUGUUAUGGGGUGA